AAGAAGCUCAACUCGUCCUGCCAUUUAUUACACUCGCAUUUUUUCACAGUGUACAUGUUAGGGUUAAGACUCGGUUUACAGUAAAAACAACAAAAAAUGGUGGUUGCUGCUCGUGUAGAAGCAAUGGAUCCUGAGGACGAAAUGGAAGUUCCGGAUUUAUACGUUGAGUCAGUAAAACUUGUUCUGAGGUUCGGAAUAUUACCUGGAGGGCUGAAAAAAAGUAAAAACAAAGUGGUUUCGGUGUCUGAGAAGAAAAAGGCAACUGACAAACAACAAAGAAAGAGAACGGCCUCCCAGAUUGUUGAGGUCCUUGAGGACCCCGCUUAUCAUCGUAAAAUGCCCAAGCGAGCAGCUGCUUGUUCAAAUUUCAAGGAAAAGAAGUCUUCUCGUAUAUCUGGAAAAGACAUGGUUCUUGAAAUAAAAAAAGAUCGAGUCAUUGAAGAAGAACUCGUAGCUCUUCGUCUGACUGCUGAACAUGAGGACGGUCGCCCAUGCAGGCGCCUCACUGAUUUUACCUUCUGUAAUUCAGAAGGAAUUGCACAGCCAUUUGAAAUGCUUGAAGCAGAUGAUAUCUUUAUAACUGGUCUCAUAUUACCGCUUGAGGAAAGUUCUGACAAAGAGAAAGCACGAGGAGUUAGAUGUGAAGGAUUUGGGCGAGUUGAGGAAUGGGCAAUAUCUGGUUAUGAAGAAGGGUCCCCGGUGAUAUGGGUUUCCACAGAGUUGGCUGAUUAUGAUUGCUUGAAACCCUCUGGCAGCUAUAAGAAGUUCUUCGACCAUUUUCAUGCGAAAGCUAGUGCUUGUAUUGAGGUUUAUAAGAUACUUUCCAAAUCUUCGGGAUGCGACCUAUGCCUUGAUGAGUUGCUUGCUGGGCUUGUACGCUCAAUGAGCGGGAUGAAGUGCUUCUCUGGCAGUCUAUCUAUCAGGGAUUUUAUUAUUUCCCAGGGAGAUUUCAUAUAUAACCAACUUAUAGGCUUGGACGAAUCCUCCAUGAAUGAUCUGCGAUUUGCUGAGCUGCCUAUUCUAGCUGCCCUUAGAGAUGAAAGCAAGAAAUUGGAUAUUGACCAACCUCAACCUGGCUCCUUCUCAGGGAAUCUAAGAAUAGGUCCAAAAUGUGGGGGUGAAAAUGAAAUUAAUCAACCCGAUUCUGCCUCUUGUCCAACAGAAGAAGAUGAUGAUUUGAAAAUAGCAAGGGUGUUGCAGGAAGAAGAACGCUGGCGCUCGAUGAAGCAGAAGAAAGGCCGUGGCAAGAAUUCAUCUUUGAGCAAAUACUACAUCAAGAUCAAUGAGGAUGAAAUCGCCAAUGACUAUCCUUUACCUGCCUAUUAUACGACAUCAAAUGAAGAAACUGAUGAGUAUAUAAUAUUUGAAGGUGGCAAUGAUGUGUUGAACGUCGAGGACUUGCCCCGAAGCAUGCUGCACGACUGGGCUUUGUACAAUUCGGAUUCUCGGUUGGUUCCAUUGGAACUCCUUCCCUUGAAACCUUGUGAUGAGAUUGAUGUGACCAUAUUUGGCUCGGGCAUAAUGACUACUGAUGAUGGAUCAGGAUACAUCUGUGAUGGUGAAUCUGCUUACUCUUCUAGUGGUUCUGCUGCUACUGCUGAAGGGAUCCCAAUUUUCUUGAGUGCGAUCAAAGAAUGGGUGAUUGAAUUUGGCUCGUCAAUGAUUUCCAUUUCUAUACGCACUGAUAUGGCAUGGUAUAGGCUUGGAAAGCCUUCGAAGCAAUAUGCUCCUUGGUAUGACCAAGUCCUGAAAACAGCAAGGCUUGCAAUCAGUAUCAUUACUUUGCUGAAAGAGCAGAUCCGUGUGGCUAGACUUUCUUUCAUGGAUGUUAUCAAGAGAAUUUCAGAGUUCACUAAAGAUCAACCGGCUUUUAUAUCAUCCAACCCACUGCUGGUCGAAAGAUAUGUGGUUGUGCAUGGUCAGAUUAUUCUGCAGCAAUUCUCAGAGUAUCCUGAUAACAACAUCAAGAAAUGUCCAUUCGUGAUUGGACUGACCAAGAAAAUGGAAGAGAAACACCACACUAAAUGGCUUGUCAAGAAAAAGAAGCUCCUGCAAAGGGACGAACAAAACUUGAACCCAAGGGCCAAUAUUGCACCUGUUGCUUCUAAAAGGAAGGCCAUGCAGGCAACUACAACGAGGCUAAUUAACAGAAUCUGGGGUGAGUAUUAUUCCAAUUAUUCACCUGAGGAAUCAAAUGAAGGAACCCAAUGCGAAGUUAAGGAAGUUGAUGAAAAUGAAGAGCAAGAGGACUAUGAAGAGGAUGACGCUCCCGAGGUGAAACUGUCCGAGCAGGAGAAAACUCAGACACCUAGUCCCGUGCCAAGACAGAUCAAAUCCAAUUCGGGUAGCAAGGCAGUAAAGUGGGAUGGGAAAUCUGUGGGCAAAUUAUCUUCUGGUGAGCCUUUAUAUAGAAAGGCAAUAGUCCAUGGAGAUGAAAUUGUGGUGGGUGGGGCUGUUCUCAUGCAAGAUGAUGAAUCGGAUGAAUUCCAACCUAUCUAUUUUGUGGAAUACAUGUUUGAAAAAUCAGAUGGCAGUAAAAUGUUUCACGGGAGAAUAAUGCAACGAGGUUGCCAAACUGUGCUUGGUAAUGCUGCAAAUGAAAGGGAGGUAUUUUUGACAAAUGAUUGUGAGGACUUCCAACUGAAAGAAGUCAGACAGAGUAUACACAUUGAUAUAAGAGAAACGCCAUGGGGUCAUCAGCAUAGGAAGGCAAAUGCAGAUGCUGAUAAAGUUGAUAGAGCAAGAGCUGAAGAAAGGAAAAAGAAGGGACUGCCUACCGAGUAUUACUGCAAAAGCCUGUAUUGGCCAGAGAGAGGUGCAUUUUUUGCUCUUCCAUAUGGGUCAAUGGGACUUGGAUCUGGCUUGUGUCGGGCAUGCCAAGUGAGGGAAGCUGAUGAUAUCAAGGAAAAGUUCAAGUUGGAUGAAUCACUGACAAGUUUCACAUACAGAGGAACUACAUAUUCUGUUGAUGACUAUAUCUAUGUGAGUCCUUACUACUUUUCUUCAGAAAGGGAAGCUGAAAUCUUCAAGGCUGGGAGGAAUGUUGGACUAAAAGCUUAUGCCAUAUGCCAGCUGCUUGAAAUUUGUGAUGUUAAGCAUUGCAAACAGAGUGAUGCAAGUUCAGUAGAGAUCAAGGUCAGAAGAUUUUUCAGACCUGAAGACAUAUCAUCUGAGAAGGCGUACUCAUCGGAUAUUCGAGAGGUCUAUUAUAGUGAAGAGACGCACAGCAUAUCAGUUGAUGUGAUUGAAGGAAAAUGUGAGAUCAGAAAAAAGAAAGAUCUCGGACCUCAAGAUGUCACUUUCACAUUUGAUCAUGCGUUCUUCUGCGAGUAUAUGUAUGAUCCUUCUAGAGGAUCACUUAAGCAGCUGCCAUCACAUGUCAAGAUUAAGUAUUCAACUGGGUGUUUGAAUAAUGAUGCUACAUCUAAGAAAAAUAAGGGUAAAUGCAAAGAAGGUGAGAUUGAUUCAAACGAUGUGGAACUCAAAGAAGCGUCUCAGGGACACCGCCUAACUACGUUAGAUAUUUUUGCUGGCUGUGGUGGUUUAUCUCAGGGACUAGAGCAAGCUGGUGUUUCUCUCACAAAAUGGGCUAUUGAGUAUGAAGAGGCUGCGGGAGAUGCGUUCAGACUCAAUCAUCCUGGAUCUUUGGUAUUUGUAAACAAUUGCAAUGUCAUCCUGAGGGCGAUCAUGCAGAAGUGUGGAGAUGCAGAUGAGUGCAUCUCAACAUCUGAAGCUGCUGAGUUGGCAGAAAAACUCGAUCCGGUUGAACUUGAUAACCUUCCAGUGCCAGGGCAAGUUGAUUUUAUUAAUGGAGGGCCUCCUUGCCAGGGUUUUUCUGGAAUGAAUAGGUUCAACCAAAGCACCUGGAGUAAAGUUCAGUGUGAGAUGAUUCUAGCAUUUUUGUCCUUUGCUGACUACUACCGUCCUAAGUAUUUUCUUCUCGAGAAUGUACGCAACUUUGUGUCAUUCAAUCAAGGGCAGACCUUUCGCUUAACUUUAGCUUCACUUCUUGAGAUGGGUUAUCAGGUGAGAUUUGGUAUCCUUGAAGCUGGUGCAUAUGGAGUUCCACAGUCCCGAAAGAGAGCAUUUAUAUGGGCGGCAUCUCCUGAAGAGCUGCUUCCAGACUGGCCUGAGCCGAUGCAUGUCUUUGCUGCACCUGAGUUGAAAAUCUCAAUGGCAAAGAAUUUGCAGUACUCUGCUUCUAGGAGUACUACAAAAGGAGCUCCAUUUCGUUCUCUUACUGUCAGAGAUACAAUCGGCGAUCUUCCUCCUGUGGGCAAUGGUGCAUCAAACACAAGCUCACAGUAUCAAGGUGAGCCUAUAUCAUGGUACCAGAAGAAAAUCCGAGGUGGCAUGGCUACAUUAAUCGACCACAUCUCAAAGGAAAUGAACGAGCUUAACCUAAUCAGAUGUCAGAAAAUCCCCAAACGGCCUGGUGCUGACUGGCGGGAUCUUCCAGAUGAAAAGGUGAAAUUGUCUACUGGCCAAGUUGCUGAUUUGAUACCAUGGUGCCUACCUAAUACUGCCAAGAGACACAAUCAGUGGAAAGGACUGUUUGGGAGGUUGGAUUGGGAGGGAAAUUUCCCUACUUCUGUAACUGAUCCACAACCAAUGGGUAAAGUCGGAAUGUGCUUUCAUCCCGAACAAGACAGGAUUGUCACUGUUCGUGAGUGUGCACGUUCUCAAGGCUUCCCCGAUAGCUACAAAUUUUCUGGCACUGUCCUGCACAAGCACAGACAGAUAGGAAAUGCUGUUCCUCCUCCACUAGCUUAUGCACUGGGAAGAAAACUCAAAGAGGCAGUUGAGAAAAAACGCAAUUCCUAACUAUAAAUUGCUUGUGUUCUCCAAUUCAAAUCUUAAGAAUUGCAUGUUUUUAAGAUGUUUGGACUUGUCUAUUUCUCUUGGAUGACUAUUUUUUGCGUGGUUCACAUUUUUUUGGCAAUUUGAACUGGCAUAAGCAUAGACCCUGAUCAAACUUUGGCUUAUUUGUUUUGCAAUGAGGGGUGAAAAUGUAUGUAUCUAUGGAAAAACAAAGGGUUUUGUUUCACCUUGAGUGAAAGGUGUAAAGUUGAUUGGAGAUUGUUGUAACUGUGGAAAUAUUGUGGCUAGCAAGUAGAGGAUAUGGAUUUUGGAUUCUGGAUUUUCCUUGUGUUUUGAACUUAGAAGUGAUUCUCCAUAUAGAUAGAAGGAGAGAACAUUGUGUCAAUAUUAGAAAUGCAGAAUUCCAAAUCCAUUUGAAGACUUUUUUUUGUCCUUUUGGGCAUGAAACUUUUGAAAUUUGAUAUUUGAUAUGAGAAGACCGAAG